AUGGGAGAUGGUUUCCAAGCUGAACUGGCAGUACACUUUCUGAAGGGAGCCAUGUUGUUUGAUAAGCGACUUGAGGUGAAAUUCUCAAAGCAUCCAAACAUAACCCAAGGUUCUGACAUACACGAUUACAGCAACUCAAAUCUCAACCAUUUCAACCGAAAUGCUACUAAAAAUUACCGUUACUGCUGCUCCCCAACAAAGAUGAUCCAUUUGUCCACACUUCCACAAGACAUCACUGAGGAGGAUACUGUGACCCUUCUAGAGGAGCAUGAAACCAUUGUCAAUAGCAAAGUCUUUGAGAUGAAUGGUAAGAAACAAGGUCUGGUUCAGUUUGAGACUGAGGAGCAGGCUACGGAAGCCCUCGUGUGCAAGCAUGCCACCUCACUUUCCGGAUCGGUAAUCCGGAUCUCUUAUUCUCAAUUGAAGAAUAUAUGA